GGUUGAAUACCACCGUCCCCAGACAUAUAGAGAAAAACAUAAAGAGGAAUGUUGCACCUCUUUUGUCCUGCGGGGGGAGCCAUUGUCAUCGUGACUGGCCCAGUCAGCACCAAAGUUGUGUAACCAGUGAAACCACCGCAGGGAGAGUGGAGAAACGUCACAGGGUUUUCCGGAACUGGCUUCUCCGGGUUUAGUUUAUCUUCUGCCCGUUGUGACCUGCGCCAAUGACGAGCUGCUCUGAAGUCUGAAGCGUCGCCCCUUAAUGUCGAAGCUGCGCUGGUGCUGAGUUUCAUUAUGCGAUGUUGCCCCCCAGCGCCUCCUUCGUGCACAUCAAGUUCGAUGACAUCGUUUUCUACGAGAACUGUGGCGGCGGCAGUUUCGGAAGUGUGUACAGAGCCAGGUGGAUCUCCAAGGACAAAGAGGUGGCAGUGAAAAAACUGCUCAAGAUUGAAAAUGAGGCUGUAAUCCUCAGUGUCCUCAGCCACCGCAACAUCAUUCAGUUUUAUGGCGCAAUUGUUGAGGCUCCCAACUAUGGAAUUGUCACUGAGUAUGCAAGCGGUGGAUCGUUGUAUGAUUACCUGUCCAGUGUUGAGAGUGAGAAGAUGGACAUUGGACAGAUCAUGACAUGGGCUAUAGAGAUUGGCAGAGGAAUGCACUAUUUACAUUCAGAGGCCCCCAUUAAGGUGAUCCACAGAGACCUAAAGUCCAGGAAUGUUGUUUUAGGUGCAGACAAAGUUCUCAAGAUUUGUGAUUUUGGGGCAUCGAAGUUUGUGAUGCACACAACACACAUGUCUUUGGUUGGCACGUUUCCCUGGAUGGCUCCGGAGGUGAUCCAAAGCCUGCCUGUGUCUGAGACUUGUGACACUUUCUCCUAUGGUGUGGUGCUUUGGGAAAUGCUCACCCGUGAGAUACCAUUCAAAGGCCUGGAAGGCUUACAAGUGGCCUGGCUCGUGGUGGAGAAGAAUGAGAGAUUAACCAUCCCCAGUAGCUGUCCUGUCAGCUUUGCUGACCUCAUGAGGAGCUGCUGGGCAACAGACCCAAAAAAAAGGCCGUUGUUCAAGCAGAUCCUCUCUACUCUGGAGUCCAUGUCUAAUGACAGCCAGCUUCCUCAACAGUGCAACUCAUUUCUUCACAACAAGGCUGAAUGGAGGUGUGAAAUUGAAGCUACACUUGAGAGACUUAAGAAGCUAGAGAGAGACCUCAGCACUAAAGAACAGGAGCUGAAGGAGCGGGAGCGGCGUCUAAAGAUGUGGGAGCGCAAACUCAUUGAACAGUCCAACAGCCCAUUGCUGCCCACCCUUGACAUCUACACCUGGACGGAGGAGCAUGUGUAUUUCUGGAUGCAGCAAAUAUUUGGCGCAGGGGAAGGUUCGUGUGACAUGCUGCUGUACGCUGACCUGUUUAAAGAAAAUCACAUCACGGGAAAGAGGUUGCUAUUGCUCACAGAAAACGACAUGCGGGACAUGGGGAUCAAGUCUAAAGGGCAUGUCAUGCACCUUAAGGGUGAAAUUGAAAAACUAACUAAUGACUACCUAGGGUUUCUCCACUUUCCACCACUACUCAAGGAUGAGCUGGAAAAGGAGGUGGAAAGGAGUAAAACCGUAAAUCUGGAGCUGGUGUUUGGAUACCACUGGAAAGCAGGAACUGGGAAAACUGACUGCAAAUGGAAAAUGUACAUGGAACUCGAUGGAGAUGACAUUGCAGUAACCUACAUUAAAGAUGUCAUCUUUAAUACCAACCAACAGGAUGCAGAAAUCUUGCGGAUGACCAAGCCACCAUUUGUGAUGGACAAAUGGAUCGUUGGAAUACAACCAAACCAGAGAGUGGAAUACAUAGUUAAUUAUGAGAAUGACGUCAGGUCACCAAAGUCUUCGAGAUACAGCCGUCCAAUGACGUGGAGUUUCAGUGGUGGACAAGACGAGAUCAAGACUGUGGAGUUGAUCAUUGAAACAACAUCAGCUAACAUUGACUGGAACCCCAGGGAUGGGUCUAAUUCAGAUAUUGAUCCCGCAUGGAUGAACAAUAUAAGGUGGAGUCAAAUGUUGGCCCAGAAGUCCCAACAGGAGAAUGCCGCUCGGACUGCCUUCACUAGCUCUGAAGCCCGCACCCUGCCUCAAUUCCUGUCUGCUCUUGAAAGCCAGGAGUCGUCUUAUGCUGCAGCUGUGCGUCGCUCUCCAAACCAUUUGCAUAUAUCUCCCUGGACUGACUCUCGCAGCUCCUCGCCAACUACCAGCCUAUCGGCCAAACUCUUACCGAUCCAUUUAGGGUCAAAGGGCAGCAGUCCUACCAGCACUACAUCAGAGAGCACAUCAGAGAGGGAACGAGAGCGCCCACGCAGUGCUGGAGCGGGGUAUGACCACCGCAGAAACAACUACUUUGGCAACUCGUUAACUGUGGGAAGGGGGCAGGGUAGGGGGAGUCCUGGGACCAGCACUAGAGGUAGUUAUAAUUAUAAUAAAACCAGCAAAAUGUCACGGCAGCCAGGGAAGCCACGGUUCAACGCCAUGCCACAGCGCCACCCACCCAUGAUACCAGGUAUAUUGUCUGUCACAGAAAAUCCCAGUGAGGAAAAAGAGGAGGCCAAAUCCAGCGAUGGAGAGUGGAUCAAAGUGGAGCGACAGAAGAGAUUACCACGGCAGGACAAUAAACAAGUCAGAGGUCGACAGAGGAGAGGAGGCAAAGGAGGGCGUGGUGCUGGUGGAAGAACUUAAUGUGGACAAUGAAUUGGCAGCUGAAUGUGAACGCAUGUAUAUAUGUAUCUAUGCUGAAUAUGUCAUCCACUGAAAACAUUUUAGAUAUUAAUGUGAUCUACUUUCAUGCUCACAAAUGAACUGUUUGUUUUAAAAGAAUUGCACUGAUUCAUUCAUUUUCUACCGCAUAGUGCCUGAACGGGGU